AUGGGCUUCGUCGCCGGAGGAUUGCCUGGGUUCCUCCUGGUGUUGGUGGUGUUUUCCGGCUCUUUCUUAGAGGGGGAGGCCACUGUUUGGGGCUACCCUACUCCGUCGAACUGCAGGACUCUGGAGUGCCCCUCAUACGAAGUCAUCUACUCCCAGAAGGACUUCGAGAUCAGACGCUACCCUAAGGCCGUCUGGGUUUCCACUCCUCCCCUCACGAGCCGCACCUACAGAGAAGCCGCCGACAGGGGUUUCAACUUGUAAGUCUCGUCCUCUCUCUCUAUUUCUCUUUCUCUCUCUAUGGCGGCGACUGAUCCACUAUACACGCAUGGCGCAGCCUUUUCGCAUACAUUAACGGGAGGAAUGAUCGCGGGGUGAGGGUGGAUAUGACGGCGCCGGCGUUGGUGGACAUUACGCCGGCGAAGAGGCCCUCCAGCAACUCGACCUUCGUGGUGCGCUUCUUUGUACCGCGGAAGUUCCAGAAGUCCCCCCCCACGGCCCCUUUGGUCAUCGCCGGCAAGUGGCCGGGGCCGCGCUACGCCGCCGUGAGGCGCUUCGGGGGGUUCGCAAACGACAACAACAUCCCGCCACAAGCUCUGGCCUUGGCCGAGAGUCUCCGCGGCACCCGCUGGGCGGCCGCACUGGGCGGGCGAGGUGGAGUUCCAUCCACGUACACAGUCGGCUCUUACAACGGCCCCUUCGAGUUCGACCGGGUCAACGAAGUGUUCUUCCUCUUCUGA